AUGGUAUCUGUUUGCGUGACGUGCAAAGGCCUGCAGAAGAACCACCUUAGGCUCGACGGCGCGCAAGGUAACGUGACCAAAUCUUUGCCCUGGGUCGAUACAACGCUGCCAAAUCUGAGGCUGAGAUCAACUUCUUGUCGCGCAUGUGCGCUCCUACUUAAUGGCAUUCUACUGCACCACGACCGAUUCGCAAGCGUACCAGAGGAUCGUAUUCGGGUAACAGCAGGACCGUUUCAACAAAAACCAGAAAAGGGCUCCCAGGGCCCUCUGCCAGUCGAGCUUCGGUGGCAGGAUAGCGACGAGGACAGCGAGGAACAGUUGCACGCCGCAGGGCAUGCAGAUCUCAAGCUGGAAUUCUUCACAGAUAUGGAGGGACAGUCACCCUUUUCCGCUAUUGGACGAGGUCGACACAUUACAGAAAACCCAUUGCAAACCACGGGUCUGUCAACAGCACGGAGCUUGGUCAAGAAUUGUCUUGAAACGCAUGGUACAUGUGGUCAUCCCGGCAAACCAACAGCUCUACCGAAGCGCGUACUAGACCUAUCGCCGGGUGGCGACGACCCCAAAAGCAUAAGAUUACACGAAAGUGAGUAUAUCCACGAGGAAAGGGGAUAUCAACAUGGCGAGUAUGUUGCCUUGAGUCAUGUAUGGGGUGUGGAAACCGGUAUACCGAAAACCACUCUGGCAACACUGGAUUCACAUAAGAAGAGUAUUUCAUGGGCGGCAUUGCCGAGAUCAUAUCAAGAAGCAAUCUUCUUCACAAGAGCGCUUGGUUGCCGCUGGCUAUUUAUAGACAGUCUUUGUUUAGUCCAGGAUGACUUGCAAGAAAAGCUUGAAGACUCGCUCAAGAUGGGCGAGAUAUUUGGCAACGCCUUCCUCACACUUGCAGCUACGUCCGCAUCUGAUAGUAGUAGUCAACCUCUACUUCCUGCCAAGACACCGCCGUUCAAGAUCCAAACAACAGACAACAAAGGUUCACUCUACAAGAUUAACGUCAGAGAGCAGCCGAGCCAUUACAGCUUUGAAGCACCUUUUGACGGGAACUCGCAUAUGAAUGAGUGGGAGUUGCCAUUCAACAUGACCGAAGAAGCCAAUCUGCACACGCCUCUUCUGACUCGCGCAUGGCCGUACACGGAGCGUCUGCUUUCACCACGGGUAUUACAUUUCACCAAGAGCGAAAUGAUCCUGGAAUGCCGGAAUGGCUACCAAUGCGAAUGCGGGCGCAUUGAUGAUAACACCUGCGAUUCGCGUCCUACUGACCAAGUCAAGAGAGAGCUUGCUAGGGUCAUUGCGGACACACAAAACCGACCCCAACAACCCAAUGGCAGCGGCAAUGGUACCAAUGGACAUGCUCGAUUGGAUAGCGUAACCAGCCAACUAGCGUCCACAAACCUCACAAACGGCGCUCUUCAAGAUUUUUUACGAAGACGUGAAGAAGCACUACAACUAUGGUCCUACAUCAUCACGGAAUACACUGCACGGCACUUGACAUACGACAGCGACCGGCUUAUCGCUAUAGCAAGCAUCGCAAAGGCACUCUCUCCAACACUACAAUCAGGCUACAUUGCAGGGCAAUGGACAUUCAGUACCCUCGGGCUCCUGUGGUAUCCAAACGAGACUACGAAAUGUCGCCGCCCACAAGGACAAAACGUACCAAGCUGGUCUUGGGCGUCUGUGGAAGGCUCCCCCAUCUUCUUCGAUAACAGUUCCGCCAUGGAUCUCGCGUGCAGAGCAUCUUUCGGUCCAAAAGGGAAACGCGCAUCCGCAUGGUCACCGAUUAUGGGCGAGCCCCUUGAAUUAUCUGGUGCAAUGGCAGCGGAAGUUGUCUUCCACUCUUCCGGUGGAUCUCUGCAAGACGAGGCCUCAUACAUUCUAGCCAGGAACGGUAUGACGGCCGAGUUCAUACCGGAUGUCUCGCCGCCACAUGGAGACGAUGCCCUGCAAGAUGGUGACACCCUCGUUGUUGUCCUUGUCAGCAUGACGUUUCGUACGUCCAUUGUCGGUAUAGUGCUCAAGCCUUGGACCGGAAACAAUGUGUACCGGCGCGUGGGUCGAUUUGAAUGCUACGAAUGCACACCCGAAGGUUCAGAGCAGGAGAUGAGCGAAGACGCAGAAGCGCUUUUUGAGCACUGGUUUCCUGAUAUCCAGGAUAUGACGCAGCUGGACAAUUAUCCCCAGCGGACCUUUACCGUCGUCUGA